UUCUCACAAGCCACCGAGCUAAAUGCCUGGAAGGAGCUCCAGGAGCAUCACAAUGCUCUUGGCCGCAACAUUGUCCUGAAGGAGUACUUCCAGAAGGACCCCCAGCGCUUUGAGAAGUUCAGCCGCCGCUUUGCCAACACGGUGGACAACUCCGAGAUCCUCUUUGACUUCUCGAAGAACUUCCUGACCGAGGAGACCCUGUCUCUGCUGGUCAAGCUGGCCAAGGAGGCCAAUGUCGAACAACUGCGGGACGACAUGUUCGCCGGUGAGCACAUCAACUUCACCGAGGACCGUGCCGUCUACCACGCCGCGCUCCGCAACACCGCCAAUGAGCCCAUGCAGGUCGAUGGCCACAGCGUCGUCGAGGAAGUCAACUCGGUGCUCGAGCAUAUGAAGGUGUUUUCCGAGCAGGUGCGCAGUGGUGAGUGGAAGGGCUAUAGCGGCAAGAAGAUCAAGACCAUCGCCUUGAAGCCCUAUGGCCACCCCGAUCUGACCCUGCACUUUGUGUCCAACAUCGAUGGUACCCACAUCGCCGAAGCGCUCAAGAACUCCGACCCGGAGACCACCCUCUUCCUGAUCGCCUCCAAGACCUUCACCACCGCCGAAACCUGCACUAAUGCCAACACGGCCAAGUCCUGGUUCCUGGAGACGGCCAAGGACGAGUCGCACAUCGCCAAGCACUUCGUUGCUCUGUCGACUAACGAGGGCGAAGUCACCAAGUUCGGCAUUGACAAGAAGAACAUGUUCGGCUUCGAGUCGUGGGUCGGUGGUCGCUACUCCGUGUGGAGUGCCAUCGGCCUGUCCGUUGCGCUGUACAUCGGCUACGACAACUUCCACCAGUUCCUGGCCGGUGCCAACGCCAUGGACAAGCACUUCCGCGAGGCCCCGCUGGAGCAGAACAUCCCCGCCAUUGCCGGUCUAUUGAGCGUGUGGUACAGCGACUUCUUCGGCGCGCAGACUCACCUGGUCGCUCCGUUCGACCAGUACCUGCACCGCUUCCCGGCGUACCUGCAGCAGCUCUCGAUGGAGAGCAACGGCAAGGCAAUCACACGCUCGGGCGAGUACGUCAAGUACACGACGGGACCGAUCCUGUUCGGCGAGCCGGCUACCAACGCCCAGCACAGCUUCUUCCAGCUGCUGCACCAGGGCACCAAGCUCAUCCCCGCGGACUUCAUCAUGGCCGCCGAGUCGCACAACCCCGUCGAGGGCGGCAAGCACCAGCGUAUGCUGGCCUCCAACUUCCUGGCCCAGUCCGAGGCCCUGAUGGUCGGCAAGACCCCCGAGGAGGUCAAGGCCGAGAACGCCCCCGAGAACCUCGUUCCGCACAAGACCUUCCUGGGCAACCGGCCCACCACCUCCAUUCUGGCUCAGAAGAUCACCCCGUCCACCCUGGGUGCUCUGAUCGCCUACUACGAGCACGUCACCUUCGUCGAGGGUGCAGUCUGGAACAUCAACUCCUUCGACCAGUGGGGUGUUGAGCUGGGCAAGGUCCUCGCGAAGAAAAUCCAGAAGGAGCUGGAGACUGAUGGUGCGGGUGCCGACCACGAUGCCUCGACUAGCGGCCUGCUCCUCGCGUUCAAGCAGAAGGCCAAAUUGGCUGGCACUCCUUCUCACCGUCCUGGGCGCACUGGGCCAGGUGGCUUCCGCGGGGAGCAGCGCCCAGGAGACCGGCGAAGGAUAUCUCCCUGGCGAGGGAAUUCCAGUGUCAUGCUUGGAUCGGACACUAUAACAGACGACCUCGGCAACCUCAAAUACGUCCCUUUCGCCAUCUGCAACGAAACUUCCUCCCCCUUAUCCCUGCACUACGGUACCUCGGAGACAAUAACCUGCACCGUCCCCGCCGUCUCUGAUGAUUUCUACCACCUCCUCGAAUUCUACGUGCAUUCCGAUGCACCCAUGUCCUGCCGUGUGCCCACCGCGCCGCUCUCAUCCUUCCACAGCAGCCCGAAAGGAAGCAACGACGAUCCCAACGAGGAGAACGGCUCUCGCACCGCGCUGAAUGAGAACGGCCCGCCGUUUACGCCGGUCACAAUGGCCGUGCAGGGGACGCUGCAGCUGAGCCAUUUGCAUAUUUGGACUGAUAUGAACGUGCUGCUGCAUAAUCUCGCGGCGGACCCGGCGGCGCAAAAGCGCAAGGGAAAGAAGAGCACCGAGCCCGGGUAUGUGAUGGCCGGGACGGCGUACUCAGUCCCCGAGUUCGACGCCAAGUCUUCGCAGGAUGAGGACGAGCAGGCCAUCGCUCUUGUCCGCGCCGCGCGCGAGCCCUGGACAUCAGGACACGGCACGAAAGUCAUUCGCGGCGAGCCGCUCACCUUCUCCUUCCACAUUGCAUGGGUGAAGGGCGGCGCGUCGAUCGGCUGGCCCGCCCGCACACCGGGAGAGUCGUUCCUCUCCGAGAACGACGCAAAACCAGAGAGCCAUUUCCUCUCCCGGCUGUUCUUCUUCGUCAUGGCUGCGUCGGUGGGCGCAUUGGCUGCGCUGCACUGGGAGCGCAAUGGCCGGCGCUGGCGGCGUGGUGCUGCUGCGUCUUCAUGGCGCGGAGAGGGCAUGAUGGGUGGUCUGCCGACGGUUAGGGGGAAGGGUACGGGUGUUGCGUUUGGGAAUGGAGGUCGCAUUAAUGGGUAUGGUGGGUAUUCCCCUGCUCCUCCUAGUAAUGGAGUCACGACGCCUGUUAAUGCCGGAGGACACUUUGGGUAUGCUGGGUUUGGGAGUGGGAAGAAGGACUGA